AAAAAAUGGAAUCAAGUACUCCUGAAGUCCCCUUCUACGACAUCUUAACUGCUGAAGGAAUAGAUUUUUCCGAUAUUAUUAAGCUGAGGAAACACUUCCACAAGUACCCAGAACUUGGCUUCAAAGAGUUUGAGACAAGGAAGAAAAUCCUUGAAUAUUUUACAGAGAUAGAACCUGAAAAUAUCUACACAAUGGGCGAAACCGGUAUAGUCAUUGACAUUAAAGGAACUGGGCCUGAAAGCCAAGAAGGUUCUUGCCAAACCAUAGCCUUUAGAGCUGAUAUGGAUGCUCUACCAAUGGUAGAAGAAACUGGGCUGGAUUAUACAUCUACCACAGACUGCGCUCAUAUGUGUGGUCAUGAUGGCCACAUGGCAACUUUGAUAGCAACAGCUCAGUUUUGGAUGAAAAACAGACCUAAGAUUCCUCAGAAUAAGACGAUCAGGCUCUUAUUCCAGCCUGCUGAAGAAGGUCCAGGAGGAGCUCUACCUAUGAUAGAAGAAGGAUGCCUUGAAGGAGUUGAUGAAGUCUAUGGGUACCAUAAUGCGCCGUUUGGAGAAGAAGGAAGUAUUAGCCUUAAAUCUGGAGGCUUCAUGGCAGGUAGCGUUGAAAUUAGGAUAGAAAUAGAAGGAAAAGGAGGACAUGGGUCAGAGCCUGCUCACUCUAUUGAUCCCAUCACAGCUGCUUGUAGCCUCCAUGCUUCAUUCCACUCCAUAAAAUCUCGUAAUACUUUUAACACAGAUGUUGUAUCUUUUGUAAUCUGAGCAUUUAACUCUGGAACAGCUGAUAAUGUUAUUCCCAGAACAGCUCAUAUGAGAGGAACUUUAAGAUAUUACGACGAGAAAGUAAGAGACAAGGUUAUCGAAAGAAUAAAAACUCUUACAGAUUCAGUAUGUACAGGUUUUGAGUGCAAGUCUAACCUCGAACUCAUCUACAAAUAUCCUCCUGUAAUGAACCAUCUUGAACAAACUGAGAAUGUAUUGAAGAUAGCAAAGAAACAAUUAGGUGAUGACAAGGUCAAUACAACAGAACAUCUACCUUGGUUCGCAAGCGAGGACUUCUCAUAUUAUCUUCAAAAGGUCCCAGGCUGCUUUAUAGUCCUUAAUAAUGUAAAACCAGGAGGAGAAGCUAUUUCUCUUCAUUCAAGCAUGAUGGACUUUAAUGAUAAUAUAAUCCCAACUGGAGUGUAUCUGAACAUCAAAAUAUCUGAAGAUAGACUAGGAAUCAAAAUCUUAAGUUAA